AUGGCCACUGAAUUACCAAAAGUACUCGUAAUUGGUUCGGGCGGUGUGGGCACAAUUGCUGCACUUUCACUUACUCUUAACGGAAAGGCGGAAGUGACCAUGGUGGUCCGUUCAGCUUACGAACAAGUGAUGAAAGACGGCUAUACCGUAAAGCUGGUUACAUAUGGUUCAUUUGAUAAUUGGAGGCCACACCACGUCUCCAGCACUGUUGAAAAAGCAGAGUCAGAUCAUGGCCCUUUCGAUUUUCUUGUCUUGACCACCAAAAACAUCCCUGACGGAUCGAUGACCUGCGAGCAGAUCAUUGCUCCAGCAGUAUCAAAAAAGACCACAAUUGUGUUGGUUCAAAAUGGCAUUGGAAUUGAUGAGCCUAUGAAAGCUGCAUUUCCUGAGAACAUCCUUCUCCUGGGAAUACUGUUAAUAGGAUCUACCCUAAAGGGAACCCUUGUGGACAAUAUAUACAAAGACCAAUUAAUUUUGAGUCCUUUUGCGAAUGAUGGUCACUCUCAUGAGGAAGUGAUGUCUCGGGUCAACUUAUUUGCAGAGCUUUACAAAAACGCUGACCCUGAGGUCAAUUACGUUCGAGUUGAGGAAAACUCUAAGAAAUCACGGUGGGAAAAGCUUGUCUACAAUGCCGUACUCAACACAAUUUGUGCUCUCACUGGUUUGGAUGUGAACAGAUGUCAAAUCGCUGGUGCAAAUAAGGAUUUAUUCAUGCCCGCCAUGAAAGAGGUGGUAGCCAUAGCUGCCAGUGAGGGUAUUAAUUUGGAUGACGAGAUCUGCUACAAGAUGAUGCAUAUUGGAGACGGUUUAUUCUAUGCGCCCUCGAUGCUUGUCGACUUGAACAAAAAACAAUUGUGCGAGGUUGAAGUAAUCCUUGGUUACCCUUUGAAGUUCGCUGAAAGAAAUGGAGUGUAUGCUCCUAUCCUUUCUACUGUAUACCAGCUCCUCAAAAUCAAGCAGUUGCAUCUAAAGGAAGAGAAGGGCAUGAUCACAAUAAACUUGGAGGAUUUCCAGGGCUACAACAGUGACGACUACCCUCAAAGACUUGAAGAGCUCCAAAAAAAAUAG